GCUCCGCAAGCAGACCCCCAACCCUCCCGUGGUCUGGCGAUAAGCCGACAGUGGUGUACCGGUGGCGUUCUCCACCCCCACGCAUGCUGUUAUUACCGAUGCGUUCAUUUCGGCCUCAGUUCGAGGUCAGCAGCGCUUACGUUCGGUUUCAGCGGGCUGCUGAACGACUUGCAUAGUAGAAGAAGACGGCACGCCGAGUUUCCCUGAUUGACACGAUGCUGGCGACACGGCAUCUUCUAUUCCUGGUCUUCGCACUAUGGUGCUGUGCAGGUGCACUCACCGAGUCCAGCUCCAGCGUCACGCAUUGCACAUCUGAGAAUAUCCGUCACAACUUUUUCAUCGGGGGGGAUCUUCGAAAAAUUCACAACACUUAUAAAAAUUUCGCUCCUGUACUGAAUUCUACAAAUUUUGGCCCUUCUGGUGAACGUGUGUUUUUAUUUUUUGACUUGUCCAACGGAAACAUUUCGUUAUAUUCUAGUGCACCGGUUAGUAGAUAUUUGCUGGAUGCAGUGCACCAAAGUAAGGGGACAUUAACAUCUCUUGAUCGUACGGAUUUCGUUAUCCCUACUCCGUUUUGGCCGAAAGAUAAUAAUGCAGGCGUUCAGAUAUCUGUGUUGGACUUUGAUAGUCUCCCAAGAACUUAUGAGCGCGCCUUUGCAGGACUUUAUUACGAAGAACUCGAGCGUGAGGAUGUGAAUCAAAAAGUUCAUAUUGAUUUCAGUGCUGACAUCCUGUUAUGUCAAUGAUAAAAUGUACA